GGCGAGCCCGCCGGCGUCCCACAAUCCCCUGCGCGCGCUCCCUCCCAAGAUGGCGCUGCUGGGGGCUCCGCGGAGCCUGGCGGCGGCCGCCUGCCGCAAACGGCGGCUGCUGGCCCUCGCCCUGCCGCGGCCUCCGGCGGCCGCCGCCUGCGCGCACGGCUGGGCGGCGGGGAGCGGGCGGCAGCGGGCCCGGGCGGCCCCGCGGAGCGGCCAGAUUCCACCAAUAUGCAAACAAACAUCGUGGCAGAGUCUGGGGAGAGGUUAUUCAAGACCAUUAUUAGAUGCUUCAGAGAUGCUCCAGAGGUGGCAACUGAUAGAAAAGAGAAUGUGUUGGCAUGGUCAUGCAGGUGGAGGACUUCACACAGAUCCAAAGGAAGGGUUGAAAGAGAUAGAUGGCAAAAAGAUUAUCCGAGCAAUGUUGUCUUAUGUGUGGCCCAAAGACAGACCCGAUCUGCGAGCCAGAGUAGCCAUCUCUCUGGGGUUUUUAGCAAGUGCAAAGGCCAUGAAUAUAUUGGUUCCUUUCAUGUUUAAAUAUGCAGUAGACAACCUCAACCAGAUGUCUGGAAACAUGCUGAACCUGAGUGAUGCACCAAAUACAGUCGCAACCGUGGCAACUGCUGUUCUCAUUGGCUAUGGUAUCUCAAGAGCUGGGGCGGCCUUAUUUAAUGAAGCUCGAAAUGCGGUAUUCGGGAAAGUAGCUCAAAACUCGAUCAGAAGGAUAGCAAAGAAUGUUUUUCUGCACCUUCAUAACCUGGACUUGGCAUUCCACCUAAGCAGGCAGACAGGAGCCCUGUCAAAAACCAUUGACAGAGGCACGAGAGGCAUCAGUUUUGUUCUUAGUGCUUUAGUGUUUAAUCUGGGACCUACCGUGUUUGAGGUGGCACUAGUCAGUGGAAUUCUGUAUUACAAAUGCGGUGCGGAGUUUGCGUUAGUAACCCUGGGGACGCUAGGAGCCUAUGCAGCGUUCACGAUAGGAAUUACGCAGUGGAGAACUAAGUUUCGAAUCGAAAUGAACAGAGCAGAUAAUGAUGCAGGUAAUGCUGCAAUUGACUCGCUGCUAAAUUAUGAGACUGUGAAGUAUUUCAAUAAUGAAAAAUAUGAAGCCCAACGGUAUGAUGGAUUCUUGAAGACCUAUGAAAACGCCUCCCUGAAGACUACCUCUACAUUAGCUCUGCUGAAUUUUGGACAAAGUGCUAUAUUUAGUAUUGGCUUAACAGCCAUCAUGGUGCUUGCUAGCCAGGGCAUUGUUGCAGGGAGCCUGUCUGUUGGAGACCUAGUGAUGGUCAAUGGAUUGCUGUUCCAGCUUUCUCUACCCCUGAACUUCUUGGGAACAGUAUACAGAGAGACAAGACAAGCACUUAUAGAUAUGAAUACCUUGUUUACACUUCUCAGCGUAGAUACCAGAAUUAAAGACAAAGAGCUGGCUCCACCCCUGCAGAUCACACCACAGACUGCUGCCAUCGCCUUUGAUAAUGUGCAUUUUGAAUACCUUGAGGGGCAGAAAGUCCUUGCUGGAGUAUCUUUUGAAGUCCCUGCAGGAAAGAAAGUGGCCAUUGUAGGAGGUAGUGGGUCAGGGAAAAGCACAAUUGUGAGAUUAUUAUUUCGUUUUUACGAACCUCAGAAAGGAAAUAUUUAUGUUGCUGGACAGAACAUACAAGAUGUCAGUUUGGAAAGUCUGAGAAAGGCAAUAGGAGUUGUACCCCAGGAUGCUGUUCUCUUCCAUAAUACUAUCUAUUACAAUCUACUCUAUGGCAAUAUCAGUGCAACACCGGAAGAGGUGUAUGCAGUGGCGAAGCUGGCAGGAAUCCACGAUGCUAUUCUUCGAAUGCCUAAUGGUUACAACACGCAGGUUGGUGAACGAGGACUCAAGCUCUCAGGAGGCGAAAAGCAAAGAGUUGCAAUUGCUAGAGCGAUGCUAAAGGAGCCACUUAUUUUUCUCUAUGAUGAAGCCACAUCAUCUUUAGAUUCAAUUACAGAAGAGAAUAUUCUGAGUGCCAUGAGGGACAUGGUGAAGCACCGAACAUCAGUCUUCAUUGCCCACAGGUUGUCAACAGUAGUUGAUGCAGAUGAAAUCAUUGUCCUGGAUCAGGGUAAAGUUGCUGAACGUGGUAGACAUGCAGACCUCCUUGCAAGCCCGAGCAAUCUCUAUUAUGAGAUGUGGCACACACAGAGCAGCAAAAUGCGAAAUAGCAGUAACAAUCAGAAAUGGGAAGAGAGAAACAAUCAGAUGUCCAAAGAGGAGGAAAGGAAGAAACUACAAGAAGAAAUUAUCAAUAGCGUGAAAGGCUGUGGAAACUGUUCUUGCUAAGUAUGAUCCUGGAUUAAUCUUCUAUAACAGGUUAAAAAUGCACAAUGUUGCAGUGAAGCACAGCUCUUGUUUUUAACUCAUGAUUCAAAAACUUCCUGGGUUUUGCAGUUUUUGGUUUUUACUGUUUCUCAGAGGAACAUAACUUCAACCAAAGAAGUCUUAUUUCUACAUCUUUACAAAUCCCUGGUAUUCAAUAGCAUUUGCAAGAGCUGAGCUUUUUCAAAAAAACCUUUAAAAUUACUUCUAACUAACAGUAUAUUUUAUGGCAGUUUUUAGGUAUUGGUAAAUUCUCCUGGUAGUUGCUUCAGAUGGAUCAUUAAAUUGUAAACAGAUUUGUGUUCAGUUUACAUUAUUUUUCAUCAUUAAUGGCUGAUAAAGAAGUCAUGUUUUAAUUGUAGUUGGGCUAAUAUGAACUUGUCUCCUAGUGAGGAAGAUGCAAUUUAAAUUCUUCAGGGGUGCUCUGGUGUGAAACUUUCUUCCUUCUGAAACUUAAGAAGAGCCCCAACAAAAUAUUGGAGGCUUCUAGUAGCAAACUAAGUAUUGAAAUAAUCCAUCUCACUGCUCCAAAGCACCUUUCACAUUGGACUAUCCAGGAAGUGCAUUAGUAUCCUCUUAAAAGAACUAGAAGUUCUAAGAGCUGAUAAAAAUCUGAAAUUAAACAGUGUGACUUUACAGAAAAUGUACAAAAUGUGUAAAUAUUAAGAAUUGGAAGCUUUCUCUUAAAUGAAAAAAUCAGAGUUCAGAAUUCUGUAUCCGCAACAUCUGCUUCAAAGUAGAAGUCAAAGCAGAACGCACUCACCUUGAUUUCAGUCAUGGUCUUGGGGAGCAAUUAAGAUUCAAUAAAGACUACCAUAAAUUUAUAUUAUGUCGUUAAUGUAUGAGAAAUCAACCUGGAUAAUAUUGCUCCAAUGAUCUCACUACUUCAGUAGACAAAAUUUCUUCAGUAUCAAGAAACCUUAAUUUCUGUGAUUUGCAGGACACCAGAGGAUUGUAUGUUUAGGCCUGACCUCUCCAGGGAGAUUUCCCAUGUCUGUUUAUCAGUAGUUAUGCUGCUAUAAUUCCUCAUUUGAGAUAUAUAUAUAUUUUUAAUAAGAAAAAGGACAUCUUUUUCUUGAUGUUUAAAAAUAACAUUUUUCUGGGGAAUUAUAACAGUAUAAUUACACUGUUGAAGUUAUGUUUAUAAAUCAGGUGCAAGAUGUCUCAGUGAGGGCACUAGCAAAGUACCGAAUUUGGUGCUUUUGGAAACUUAGCUGCAAAUACUGUUGGUUGGUGGGGUUUUUGUUUGCUUCUUGUUUUGUUCUGUUUUUUUUUUUUUUUUUUUUUUUUUUUUUUUUUUUGUUAUAGCUUUCUCUACAGCUGAAUACAGCAACAGUAACUUAAAGGAAGUUAAACCUUUAUCUUUUCUGCUAGCCAUUUGUUUUCUCAUUAUUAAAAUGAUGCAAGAAAAUAAAAUGUUAUUAAUCCUCAGGAAAAAAAUAUUUUAACAAUAACAUCAAAUGCGAAGACUUUUGCUUUCAUCCUUGGAGCAUAGAAGCAAAGUAAAGCCUUGUUAAUGUAGUGGCAGUCCAGAAUUAUUUUAAUUUACCAUCUUCCUUUUAUUUUUAGCAAGUGUCUCCUUUUUUUAAUUUGUAAUAGCAAGAUGGUAGAUUAUAAAGGUGCAGUUACCUCUGAACUGCCAGAAACAGUUAGCAAUAGUUGAAGCUUUUCCCUUUCCUAUAUUGUAACUAACAAAAACCAAACACCAUUCCUCCCCCAAGAGCUAGUUUUGGAAUUAAAUAAUUUGUCUACUGUUGCAUGUGGCAGAUAAUGUACAAAGGCUGUAAAUAGUAGUGUUUCAAUCUUGAACACCUUUUUCCUUUGGCACAAGUUUUAGAGAUGUGACUAGUCUGAAAGAUGGAGAAGGUUAGGGGGUUUUUUUGUUUUGUUUUUUCCCCUCCGUGAAGUUUUUCGCCUCCAACGUGACAGGGCUUUGAAAUUCCAGUGACUGUCUAAAGAGAGAACGAAAACUAGCAUUACGGCCUCUUUAAGUACUCUGAAACCACGAGCCAUUUUUAUGCCAAAUUUGUUUGUGUUUGUGGAGGGGAGGAAGUGUUCAGAUGAGUAAGUGAUUAUACAAAGCUGAUGUAUUUAAUCACUGAGGACAGAUUUUGCAAGUACUCCAAGAGGUGUGGGAGAAGGGAGCAUUUUCAGAUGGUAAAUAUCAGUAAUGAUCGAAGUUCAGUUAAAUCUGUAAAGGGUUUGAUAUGGCUGUAAGACUGUUGUCUAGCUCUGCCAUUUUUUUUUUUUAAGCCAAUCUGUAUGCUGCAGCUUUGUCCAGCUUUAUGCAAACUGAGUGAUGGGAAGCAACUCUUAAAGGCAUUUUCUAAAAAGAAGGCUCAUGAUACAGUAGAAUAUUUAUUUUAAAGAAUUGCAGUGACUUCUGGGAGAUGACUGAGAAGUUCUUGUGCCAUAGAGUUGCUAGAUAAACAUUCCUGACUUGUUCAUGGCUUUAUUCGAAUGUGCUCUGUGCUUAGCUAACUGCUUUUUGAGGCACGGGUUACAAAAAAUACACCUAACAAUUGUAAAUUUAGCAGCAGCACAUGGUAAAUGGGAGGGGGGAAGACUUCUGUACUGAUGAUAGCAAAAAGAUUUUUGCUUUCUUUUGGUUCCCCCCCACCACCUUCCCAAAUUAAGUGGGAAAAGCUUCCUAGAAAACCAGAAAAAGUUGCACAGCUGAAGAGUUGCAGAUGAGCAGGAUUCUCUGCUGCCACAACCUCCCGCUAUUCUAUCAAACAGAUGCAAGAGCAAAAUACUUAGUGUUAUGUUUUGCUUGUGAGCAAGCAUCUCAAGGAAGUAGACGCAAUACUUUGACUUUUUUGGUUACAAGAAGAUAAAACUUUUCCUUUUUUUUUUUUUUUUAAUUCUUAUGCCAUGACUCCAAAAUCACUAUUUUAAGCAGACAUUUAUGACACUUGCUGACUGGGAGAGUCACAGCUUUGGAGGCUCGGAUAAGAUCUGUAUUGCACUGAGUCUUGAGACAAUAUAUAUGGCAUCUCUUUAAAAAGAUGUAGUUUGUUACAGAAAAUCGAUUUAUUUUGAAGCUCUCUGACAGCCUCUGUGGAUCUUGGUAAUUCUGCUCUUCUGUAAUCCAGCACAUCACUUUUCUAAACAGCAGCUUUUCAUAUUUUUGGAAUUUUGCUGGAUUUGUAGCAGGUUGUUUUUCAAAAUUAAAGUCACCUACUACCAUUAUAAAAUCACUGUUUGCCAGUUCGGAGUCAAAAAGCCCUUUGUUUUUUCCUCUCAUUCUCUCCUUUUUUUAAAGGAAAUGUGCAUGUCUGAAAAGUGGACAGAAAAAUGAUUGGUUCUUGCACUGCAUAUUCAUCUAUUGACUCCAAACUUGCAGAAUUUAAUUUUAAUUCCCAUGCAAGAACUUACUGAGCACAGAGUGUGAAGACACGAAUCAGGCUUUGUUUGGUUAUUCUAACCUCCAAGUUAGCAAACUUGUGGUUUGAGGUUUUUGGCAGGUUGGUUUUGGUUUUCAAAAAUGGAAAUUCAUAACUUGCUACUUGCAGAUAAUCUCUCAGUUUACUCUCAGCAGUGCUGUUAUAUGGAUUAGUAGUUGCAUACAUCUCUUAAAAUUCAGAUUUUAAAUUAUGCUCAAGUUUCUUUUGAGGAUGGAAAUGUAAAAUAUACAUUGUACAGUAAGAUGAUAGAUGUUUCAAAAAGAAAGGCUAGUUUAAAACCACAUUGUAUAAACAUCUGCUGGAAGACUUCUUAGCCUGACUCUUGUUGUUCAUCUGUGUAUAGAUAAUUAUUACUAAAUAAAGGAUUUAUCUUUGUGAAUAGA